UUGGGAAUAUUAAACCCUAGAGGAGGUGUGGUUUUUUGUAAUAAAAAGUAUUGUACUUUUUAGUUAUUGGAAAUAAUAUUUUAUAUAUAUAUAUUUAUGUGUGUGUAUGUAAUAUGUAAAUAAUACUACAACUGCUAGCAGCCUUGAACCAGGGAGAGACGAGAGGGGCAGAGAGAGAGUGGUAAGAAGCCAAGUCGUUUGUUUUGGUUUUGUUCAGCAGAAAUAUGGAAGAACUGUUGAAGGGCUUUGAAGUGCCGCCGAAAAACUCGUCGGAGGCGGCGUUGAGGCGGUGGAGAAAGCUUGUCACGAUUGUUAGGAACCCUCGCCGGAGGUUCCGAAUGAUCGCGAAUCUCGAAAAAAGAUCCGAAGCCGAACAGCAAAAGCUCAAAAUCAAGGAGAAAAUUCGAGUUGCUCUUAUUGUUCAGAAAGCAGCUCUGCAGUUUAUUGAUGCUGCUGGUCCACUUGAUUACAAGAUUACUGACGAGGUUAGACAAGCAAAUUUUGGAAUUGAACCAGAUGAACUUGCUUCUAUUGUUCAUGGUCAUGAUAUUAAGCGCUUAAAGUCGCAUGGUGGAGUUGAUGGGAUUGCUGAGAAAGUCACAGUCUCCCUUGAUGAAGGUGUCCUCUCAGAAAACGUAUCUACUAGACAAAGGAUCUAUGGCUUCAACCAAUACACAGAGAAACCUCCAAGAACUUUCUGGAUGUUUGUGUGGGAUGCACUCCAAGACUUGACCUUGAUCAUCCUUAUGAUUUGUGCUGUGGUAUCUAUAGGUGUUGGACUUGCCACAGAGGGGUGGCCAAAGGGAAUGUAUGAUGGAGCAGGAAUUUUACUCAGUAUAAUCUUGGUAGUAUUAGUUACUGCUAUUAGUGACUAUAGGCAGUCAUUGCAAUUCAGAGACCUUGACAGGGAGAAGAAAAAGAUUUCUGUUCAAGUUACAAGAGACGGACGUAGGCAGCAAGUUUCUAUUUAUGACCUAGUUGUCGGCGAUGUUGUUCAUUUAGGUAUAGGUGACCAAGUUCCAGCUGAUGGGCUGUUCAUAUCGGGAUACAGCAUGCAGAUUGAUGAGUCAAGUUUGUCAGGGGAGGCUGACCCGGUUGACAUAUAUGAACAAAAGCCCUUUCUUCUUUCAGGAACCAAAGUUAGAGAUGGAUCAGCAAAGAUGCUGGUCACAGCAGUUGGUAUGAGGACCGAAUGGGGGAAGUUGAUGGAAACUUUGAAUGAGGGGGGAGAAGAUGAGACCCCACUUCAGGUGAAAUUGAAUGGUGUUGCUACAAUUAUUGGUAAAAUCGGCUUGACUUUUGCUGUGCUCACAUUUUUGGUUUUAACAGUAAGGUUUCUCAUUGAGAAAGCCCUCCACAAUGAGUUCACAAAAUGGUCCUCAACUGAUGCAUUGACGCUUCUAGACUACUUUGCUAUUGCAGUAACAAUUAUAGUUGUUGCUGUUCCUGAAGGAUUACCAUUGGCAGUUACACUGAGCCUGGCCUUUGCAAUGAAACAAUUAAUGGAUGAAAGGGCACUGGUCAGGCAUCUCUCUGCAUGUGAGACAAUGGGUUCUGCUAGUUGCAUCUGUACUGACAAGACAGGGACACUAACCACAAACCAUAUGGUAGUUAAUAAGAUAUGGAUAUGUGAGAAAAUUAGUAACAUUGGUGGUAAUGAGAACAAGAACAUUGAUGAGCUGGAGAUACAUGAAAGUGUUUUCAGUAUCUUUCUGCGUUCUAUUUUUCUAAAUAGUAGUGCUGAAGUGGUGAAAGAUGAAAAUGGAAAGAACUCCAUUUUGGGAACACCAACAGAAACAGCACUGCUCGAAUUUGGGCUUCUUUUGAGUGCUGAUCAUGAUGCAUACCGAAGACAGUUUAAGAUUCUCAAGGUUGAGCCUUUCAAUUCAGACAGGAAGAAGAUGUCUGUGUUGGUAGCUUUGCCUGAAGGCAGAAUUCAAGCUUUUUGUAAAGGUGCACCUGAAAUAGUAUUACGUAUGUGUGAAAAGGUUGUUGAUUCCAGUGGGGAAGUAGUUCUUUUAUCUGAAGAACGAGUAAGAGAUAUAACAGAGGCCAUAAAUGGCUUUGCUUCGGAUGCUCUAAGGACUCUGUGUGUGGCUGUUAAAGAUGUCGGUGAAACUUUUAAUGAGAAUGGUAUACCUGAUAGUGGCUAUACCCUGAUAGCGGUUUUUGGGAUCAAGGAUCCUGUGCGUCCUGGAGUCAAGGAAGCAGUUCAAACCUGUCUAGCUGCUGGAAUUACUGUCCGUAUGGUCACUGGUGAUAAUAUUAACACUGCAAAAGCAAUAGCUAAAGAAUGUGGCAUACUAACAGCAGAAGAGAAUGCCAUAGAAGGACCAGAGUUUAGUAGCAAGUCUCCUGAUGAGAUGAAGGACAUUAUACCAAAUAUUCAGGUAAUGGCACGGUCAAAGCCUUCCGAUAAGCUCAAUUUCGUAACCAAUUUGAGAAAUAUGUUUGGAGAAGUUGUUGCUGUGACUGGUGAUGGGACCAACGAUGCUCCAGCUUUGCGCCAGUCAGAUAUUGGACUUGCUAUGGGGAUAGCUGGAACAGAGGUUGCGAAAGAAAAUGCUGAUGUCAUUGUAAUGGAUGAUAAUUUUGCUACUAUUGUAAAUGUAGCCAAAUGGGGACGUGCAGUAUACAUAAACAUACAAAAGUUUGUGCAGUUCCAGUUAACAGUUAAUGUUGUAGCUCUUAUAAUCAAUUUUGUCUCUGCAUGCAUCUCAGGAUCUGCCCCUCUCACAGCUGUACAAUUGCUUUGGGUUAAUAUGAUAAUGGACACUCUUGGGGCAUUGGCACUAGCUACAGAGCCUCCAAAUGAUGCGUUAAUGAAAAGGCCGCCUGUUCCAAGGGGCGCAAGUUUUAUCACCAAACCAAUGUGGAGAAAUAUCAUUGGCCAAAGUAUAUAUCAACUAAUUGUCCUUGGUGUUCUCAAUUUUGAUGGGAAGCAGCUUCUACGGCUUACGGGUUCAGAUGCCACCACUGUUCUGAAUACUGUGAUAUUCAAUUCAUUUGUGUUUUGCCAGGUGUUUAAUGAAAUAAAUAGCCGUGAAAUAGAGAAGAUAAAUAUAUUGCGGGGCAUGUUUAGCAGCUGGGUAUUCCUUGGCGUGAUGGCUUCGACAGUAGCAUUCCAAGUGGUGAUAGUUGAGUUCCUUGGAACAUUUGCCAGCACUGUGCCUCUAAGUUGGCAACUAUGGCUACUUUGCAUCUUAAUUGGGUCAGUUAGCUUGAUUGUCGGUGUGAUUGUGAAGUGUAUCCCUGUUGAAAGAGCAGCGGUUAAGCCAAAGCACCAUGAUGGUUAUGAUGCACUUCCUAGUGGUCUUGCAUGAAUUUUGCCAACUAAAAGUGGACUGAAGUUUCCUUUCUGAUGUUCUACUUGAAUUGCCGUUGGUUUCUUCACAGAUUUUGAUUCUUGGUUGGUUGAGAUCCUUAAAUUUUACUUGUUUCAUUUUCCUUUUCUUUUCUUUAGAUGUCCUUUCUUCCCCGGAGUGAUUCCAGCCCUUAAGUUUUGCUUAGCAACGAGUUAAGCUCAAUUGGGCUUUUUGGAUUGCACAAACCGUUUAGGACUUCAAUUUAGUUUGGUUCUCUAUAUUUUUAUACUAAUUUUGAGUUUUGUAUUUUUGGAUUUAUUUUGACAAAAUUAACUUUAUUUUAUGGCUUUUGGACAUUAUUUUGUAAA